AGGCAUCACGUGCAGCCAUGGCGCAUCCGCACCAAUUAGCUAGCUUGCUUGUGACCUAAGUGUGUUCUUCCAUCUGUGGCUAGCUACGGCGCGUCAUCGGCGCCUGGGAUGUGUCGACUAAGUCUGCCGCCCCGUUUGAGUCGUGAAGGAAGGCGAUGAAGGGAACCAUGAAGGGAACCAUGAAGACGUCCAGGAGUUGAGGGCUGGGGGGGGAAAGACACAAGGAACUGCAUGUGUCGGAGUAUUUUCAUCUACCGAUCGACUACCUCGCUAGCAAGUACAUCUCGACUUCAUACUGACUGCUUGGAGGCUUUAUAAUCCCCACUUUCACAAACGCCUCAUCCUCCUCUUCACCGCGUGACCUCCGCAUCCACCUUUUGAGUGAUGCUCAAACUCCCGUAACUGCCGGAACGCCGCACCGCAUUCUAGUAUGUCACCAACAGCGUCCUUCAUUACUGCCGUGAUGUGUUCAGAGGCGUCAGGUGUUCUACUGGGGGGAGGAGAGAGAGAGAGAGAGAGAGAGGGUGUGGCUGCGUGUCAGCGACCCAUCGCCGUCAAACACUGGAGCUUGACCAUCGGGUGUGGAAGGACAGCAGGACUCGGUGAUCUCAAAAAUGAGGCUGACGACGGUAAAAAGAAGAAAGAAAAAACCCCGAAGCUACCCAAGGUUGGCCCCAUUAAAGUGUUCAAGUUUGCAGACUGGAAAGACGUAGUCCUCAUGGUCUUUGGGACGUUGAUGUCGGUGGCGCAUGGAUCCAUAAUGCCUCUAAUGUCCAUCGUGUUUGGGGAAAUGACGGAUGGCUUUACACAACAUUUGCUUCAUCAGAACAACGCCAGUGACGCCAGUGACAUCAGUGACGCCAAUUCCACCUUUAUGAUUCUUAACAACACCUUCCAGGAGGAGAUGACCACCUUAGCUGUCUGUUACUCCGUCAUGGGGGCCUUCGUGCUGGUGGCCGCGUACAUGCAGGUGGCUUUCUUUACGCUGUCGGCCGGGCGGCAAGUCCUCCGCAUACGCAAGCGAUUCUUCCACAGCGUGAUGCGACAGGAUAUUGGCUGGUUCGACGUGAACGACACGGGAGAGCUCAAUACUCGUCUCAUAGAGGAUGUGUAUAAGAUCCAAGAAGGUAUCGGAGACAAAGUGGGAAUGUUGCUCCAGUCCAUUUCCACCUUCGUGGUCUCCUUAGUGGUUGGGUUAUGUAAAGGAUGGAAGCUCACGUUGGUCCUCCUGGCCGCCUGCCCCUUGUUGGGUCUUACGGCUGCACUUUUCAGUGAGGUGGUGACAUCAUUCACUUCCAAAGAACAGGCAGCCUACGCUAAAGCGGGGGCCGUGGCGGAGGAGGUGCUUUCAUCCAUCAGGACCGUCUUUGCCUUCAGUGGUCAGAAGAAAGAGAUUGACAGGUAUCAUAAGCACUUGGAGGACGCUAAGAAAAUGGGAAUAAAAGCAGCAUUAAGUGCAAAUGUCAUCAUGGGCUUCACCUUCCUGAUGAUAUACCUGUCUUAUGCUCUAGCCUUCUGGUACGGGAGUACGCUCGUUCUCAAUCACGAGUACACGGUUGGAACCGUACUCGCAGUUUUAUUCUCUUUGCUUCUCGGAGCGUUUGCAUUGGGCCAGACCGCACCCAACAUCCAGGCCUUUGGUCGGGCUCAAGGAGCGGCAUAUACGGUGUACAGCAUCAUUGACAAUAAACCGAGCAUCGACAGCUAUUCGGAGAGUGGCUUCAAACCUGGCAUCAUCAAUGGGAACAUUGAGUUCAAGAACGUCCACUUCAACUACCCCUCAAGGCCAGAAGUCCGAGUAUUAAACAACAUUUCCCUGAGCGUGAAGAGUGGACAGACCAUUGCUUUAGUAGGAAGCAGUGGCUGUGGAAAAAGCACCACCAUCCAGCUGUUGCAGAGGUUCUACGACAUUCAGGAGGGAACCAUAUGUAUCGACGACCACGACAUCCGUUCUCUGAAUAUCCGCUACCUGCGAGAGAUGAUCGGAGUGGUGAGUCAAGAGCCCAUCCUUUUUGCCACCACCAUCGCAGAGAACAUCCGAUACGGCCGACUUGACGUGACGCAGCAGGAGAUAGAGCAAGCUGCCAAGGAGGCCAACGCCUACGACUUCAUCAUCAACCUUCCUGAUAAGUUUGAGACGCUGGUCGGGGAACGAGGGAUUCAGAUGAGUGGAGGACAGAAGCAAAGGAUUGCAAUUGCACGGGCGCUAGUCCGGAACCCCAAAAUCCUUCUCCUGGAUGAAGCAACAUCUGCUCUGGAUGCUGAGAGUGAGACUAUUGUACAGGCGGCACUGGACAAGGCCAGACUGGGUCGGACCACCAUCAUUGUGGCCCAUCGCCUCUCAACCAUCCGAAACGCUGACAUCAUCGCCGGCAUACGGAACGGCGAGGUGGUAGAGUUGGGGACUCAUAGUCAGCUGAUGGAAAAAAAGGGCGUGUACCACACUCUGGUCACUAUGCAGACCUUUCAUAAAGCAGAGGAGCAGGAAGAGUCUCAGCAGCAUGAAAAGACCCCACUGUCCAUAACCAUCUCUGAAUCUUCCCGGCCAAGAAGGAAGUCUUCCUUUACUGCGUCGGAGGGAAAUAAAGACGAGAAGGAGACGUUGGUGGAUGCUACAGCCAAGAGAGUGGAUGAUGACAAAGUCCCGCCUGUGUCCUUCCUGGAAGUGAUGCGCUUAAACCUCCCGGAAUGGCCUUACAUUUUAUUCGGGGUCGUCUGUGCUGUACUCAACGGAGUCAUGCAGCCCAUGUUUGACGUCAUCCUCGCCAAGUUCAUCGUUGUGUUCUCACAUAGCGAUCAAGAGGGGAUCAGAAAGCAGACCGUGGUCCUGUCGCUCAUGUUUGUCGUUAUUGGAGUUGUGUCUUUUUUGACCACGUUUCUGGAGGGAUUUUGUUUUGGUAAAUCUGGAGAGAUUCUGACUAUGAAACUGAGGCUGGCGUCUUUCAAGGCCAUGAUGAGGCAGGACCUCCCCUGGUUUGAUAACCCAAAAAACAGUGUUGGCGCUCUCUCCACAAGGUUGGCCAUCGAUGCUGCUCAAGUCCAAGGGGUUACGGGACUACGUUUGGCAGCAUUGAUCCAAAAUGCUGGUAAUUUGGGCACCUGCAUGAUUCUUGCCUUUGCGUACGGCUGGGAGCUAACGCUACUAGCGCUAGGGUUAGUGCCUGUCAUGGUCGUGGCUGGAGCUGUGCAGAUGACGGUGUUAGCUGGGCAGGCCGAAGAGGACAUUCAGGAGCUGGAGAUAGCAGGAAAGAUUUUCACAGAAGCCACCGACAAUAUCCGCACCGUAGCAUCUCUGACCAGAGAGCCGUUGUUUGAGUCUCUGUACCAAACGAGUCUCCAAGUUCCAUUCAAGAACUCCCAGAAAAAAGCACAUGUGCAGGGUGUCGUCUUCUGCGUAUCCCAAGCAAUGCUGUGCUUUGCUUAUGCAGGAUGUUUCCGCUUCGGAGCUUGGCUUGUUGACCAAGGGCGAAUGGAUGUGGAGGCCGUGUUUUUAAUAGUUAUGGUGCUUAUAAAUGGCGCCAUGGCCGUCGGAGAGGUCAAUUCCUUCACCCCAAACUACGCCAAGGCCAAAGUAUCAGCUGCUCACAUCGUGAUGCUUCUGAAAAGAGAGCCUGCUAUCGAUAAUCUCUCCGAGGAAGGACAGCCACUGGACCAAUUUGAUGGUAAUGUGCAAUUUGAGGGUGUCAAGUUUAGCUACCCGUCACGCCCCGGUGUACCCGUCCUCCGAGGGCUGAAUCUGAAGGUGUGCAAGGGAGAGACGUUGGCCCUGGUGGGAAGCAGCGGCUGUGGUAAAAGCACAACCAUACAACUUCUGGAGAGGUUCUACGACACCUCGCAUGGGACCGUGACGUUUGAUUCCAAGAGCGUGAAAGAGCUGAACAUCCACUCGAUGAGAUCCCAUAUAGGUAUUGUGUCCCAGGAGCCUGUGCUGUUUGACUGUAGCUUGGCUGAAAACAUCGCCUACGGGGACAACAGUCGCACUGUAACCAUGGAGGAGAUCAAGGCGGCUGCCGAGGCCGCCAACAUUCAUAGCUUCAUUGAAAGUCUACCAAAGAAGUAUGACACCCAGGCGGGCGAUAAGGGCACCCAGCUGUCAGGUGGUCAGAAACAACGAAUAGCCAUCGCCCGAGCCAUCCUCCGUAACCCCAAACUGUUGCUUCUGGAUGAGGCCACGUCUGCACUCGACACCGAGAGCGAGAAGGUGGUGCAAGAGGCGUUGGACAAAGCGAGGCAGGGCAGGACCUGCAUCGUUAUUGCCCACCGUCUGUCCACCAUCCAAAACGCAGACCGCAUCGCCGUCUUUCAUGGCGGCGUGGUGGCAGAAGAAGGCACACAUCAACAGCUGCUAGCCAAAAAGGGAAUCUAUCACAUGCUGGUCAUGACCCAAAUGGGUCAUGGAAGGGAAUGAUGAUUCUUGUUAUUCUUAAAGGGGACCUAUUAUGCAUUUUCUACUUUUCUGACCUAUAAAUGUCGUUAGAAUGUUGUAUUCUCGUGUUGAACGAUGCCAAAGUUUCAGUGAGCCCUGAAAAGCUCAAAACGCUGGGUUUUCAAAAGGACUUCCUUAUAUGGGCGUGGCUGUAAGCAUGAUAAGAUCCCUGCCCUCCAAGCUCUGCUUCUCUGUUUACAAUGUUAGCAAUGCCUUGUACGGGAACGCCACAUUUGUUUCCAAUUCCGAGAAAGGCCACCAUCAGGCACAAGUGGUUGGAGUUCCCGAUUCCCUUAAUCUGUCAACGGUUUUUCACACUGGACUGUUUUAGCGAACAUGGGCCACGAUGCAGCUGGACUAGCCUGCAAAUUAGCCGACUUUCCGACAUCGAGUCGGAAGAGCAAGCAGUAGCUAACAAUUUAUCAGUGUCAUUUUUUAUUUUGUGUAAGUCAUGGAGUCAAAAGUGUUUGUGUAGCAUUAUAGAGUGUGCAUACAGUUAAGGCUAAAAUGCUAAAGCUAUUUACCAUUGAGAGACGUUUUGAAAUAAGCUCUUUUCUUGAGAAAUGUUGACUGUUUGAAUGUACAAUCGUAGCGUAGCAUGGCCACGAGUGCUUUUUUUUUGUCGACGGCUUCAAACUCGCAGAUCCCGGAACGCAUUUCAAGGUGCCUUUCACUAAAACCUCUUGUGUCUUUCACAUUGCUGGUCAUGGAAUUAUAUGCUACCUACCUUUUUUUUU